GAGAUGGAGUGGAUGAAGAAAUCAUCGGCUCACACCUCGCAACCCGGCUGCAUAGAACCAAUUGUAUCUCUUGCCAUUGCUCUUGCAAAGCGGAUAAUUCAAUUACUCCACUCGGGCUCCUUCCUUAUUAGGGCUCAGGCGCUACGUCUAACCUCGUUGUCUCCCACCUCACCGGCAGUUCAGAUCCAGAGCCUCGCCUUCGUCACACAAACGUCAACUCCGCCAUUAAUUGCACCUUUGUUCAGUGAGUAUGAAGCGAUCCGGAGAUACAUAUCCUUGGAUAUGAUGCAGGAUCAUAUGUCAUAUGUCGCCGAGGUAGCGUCAGUAAUGCCGUGUUCCACAGCGCAGGACGUCGCCACAGAGGCCGGCUAUGAUAGACAGUUGAAUUGCCGGGCUGUCAGUUAUGCUUGGUUUGAAAACGUGAGUGGGUGAUUAGAGAUGAAGAAUUGGGAGGCUCUGUCAAUCGAGACAAGCAAAACGCUUAGCUAUAAGAAUCCCUUGUCUUACAAGCCCAUAUCCCGCUUCCACCUGACCAAGCCAAAGAAUCACCAACUACAAUGAAGUCUUCUAUCUGCCUCGUAAUCGCAAGCUCUGCACUUGCACUUGCAGCCCCAACCUCCAACGAGGCCCGAACCAUUUACACUUAUGGUGUCAAGGACUAUGAGAAUCAGAAUGAGAAUGACAAGCGCACCAUUUACACUUACGGUGUGAAGGACUAUGAAAAUGACAAGGACAAGAGAACCAUAUACACCUACGGUGUUAAAGACUAUGAGAAUGAUAAGGACAAGCGUACUAUCUACACCUACGGGGUCAAGGACUACGAGAAUGAGAAGGAGAACGACAAGCGCACCAUCUACACCUAUGGUGUGAAGGAUUACGAGAAUGAAGCCGACAAGGACAAGCGUACCAUCUACACUUAUGGAGUCAAGGACUACGAAAAUGACAAGGACAAGCGUACCAUUUACACCUACGGUGUCAAGGACUAUGAGAACGACAAGGACAAGCGCACCAUCUACACGUAUGGUGUCAAGGACUACGAGAAUGAGAAGGAGGCAGAGAAAUAAAUGAUGAAAUAUGUCUGAGAGGCGUGUUUACUCUGUAGUGUAGGGCAUAUCCUAUCUCUUCAUUCAUAGAACACAUUCACUUAGUCAGUCCGUAUUUUGCUACUCACGAAACACAUUCAUUUAGUUGGAUACAUACCCAAGUAACAAUAGCAUCAGGUCUUGUAUCAUAGUUGGUCCAAAACUGACCAUUGGAGAAGUCGUUUUAGAUAGGGCACGUGCGAUGUCCCCAAAAACGGUUAGAGCAUGGGGCAUGAUGCCACUCUGCACCGGCCGCGGUUAGUCUCCGGGGAAGUAGGCUGACACGACCAGUGAUCCGACUGGCCGCCUCUGCAUCACCAACCAAGUGUUAUCUCCAGAUAAGCCAAGAUGCAUCCCGAAGAGACCCGGUGUAGUGGCGUCCA